AUGGACCAACGGGAAAAGCUCAACCCUAACGAGGAGGGUCAAAACCUCGAUCCUCUGUUGGAGGAACAACCAACGGAGAUUGGCGAUCUUUGGCCGUCACCUCCAUCACAGCAGGGAGAAGAAUCACUCUCUGGGGCGUCAGAGGACGAGCUGACCCCUGCUAAUAUGAGUCGGGAAAUGACUCCACUGUCUGUCACCUCCGAACAGGAGAGGGAACUACUGAACCCCUCUCCGAAGCCAGAGGUGGCAGACUGUAAGGCUAAAAAGCCUUGGGAAAGAUUCCCGGGUGCAAAGAGAAGACGCCUGACAGCGCUUCUCAAAAGCGGCAUUGCUUACGAGGCGACGCUUGCGAAAAUCCAGAGGGAAUCAGCGAGGGACACGUGGGAACACCUCCAUCAUCCAACGCAGCUAGUUGCAGCAGGCAGGAACCGGGAGGGCGUGAAGUCGUUUCCAUUGCUCGCUGCAGAAAGUGGCCCCGUUCGGAAGGUAGCACUCCCGAACAGGCACCGAAAAAGCCGAGAAGUGUUGGGCAGGCUCCAACAUAUGGAGCGAUUGCGGGAAGCUCUAGGGGGGGGUAAUUCCAAAGCUACCUCACAAAAAACAGGAAAAUUAUAUAAAAUGCCUAGUGAUUAUAAAAAAAGACUGACAGAGCAAGUCGCAAAAUAUAUGAUCUUGCAGCAGAAGAAGUAACUUUGUGACAGAAAGGUCUCCGUGACGUGGCUUCGUGUUACAACCUGAACCAUACCUCCCUCUACAGGUAUAUUAAAAAAAAACUGCUUUUGAAGCUAACGGAACGACGACUGCUUCAACGGUUGGAUAUCCAGAAAAAGCUGUUUUUACAGCUUCAGAGGAGAAGAUACUCUGUGACUAUCUUUUAAACUGCGCUGCUGCUAACAUUGGCUUAAGAACUAAGGAAGCCAGAACCUUUGCAUAUAAGUUGACUGUAGAAUACAAUAAAAAAAAUCCUCCUUCUUGGACUUGGAGCAUGGAAUGGCUGGACAGGUAUGGCAUUGGUCUUUUAUGAAACAGCAUCCAGUUCUUUGUCUGAGACUACCUCAACCUACAAUUAUCGCUCGACCUAAAAGUUUUAAUAGAACGAACGUGCAACCUUUUUUUCAUUAUACCACAGUAGUUGACAAACACAAAUUACAGGAGAUAUAUGGAACGUUGACGAAUCUGGCAUCACAACCGGUUAGAAAUCAGACCGCAUUAUUGCCCGACGAGGACAGAAACAAGUGAGUGCCAUGACUUCCGCAGAGAGGGGAACAUUGGUUACUAUAGCACUAGCAGGAAAUGCCCUUGGGAAUAACAUACCCCCGAUGUUCAUCUUUCCGCGGAAAAGAUUUCAUGAUCACCUUAUACGAUGGGCCUACAGGUUCAAUUGACACUGCGAAUGGGUCAAUGUGGAUGCAAGAAGACUUCUAUAUAUUGCUUAAAUAUUUGAAAGACCAAAUCAGGCCAUCAAAAGAAAAUAAAGCACUGUUGUUACUGGACAACCACGCUUCACACCUAGCAGUUAAACAUAUCUAGCUCUACAAAGAAAAUGGCAUAAUCCUAAGCCAAUGGACUGAGCCGUUUUUGGGCCAGUGAAAAAAGCAGUUAAUACUGCUUGCGGUAAUUGGACGCAGUCUAACCCAAGAAAAGUAAUGACCAUCUACGAAACUCCUGGGAUAGUGAAAACAUCAUUUGAUACAGCCGUCACACCGCGCAAUAUAUCUUCCGGAUUCAUCCAUACCGGACUUUGGUCAGUUAACACUGAAAUAUUCCAGGACGCUGAUUAUCUUCCGAGUCAAGUUACUAAUCGACCUUUGGCAACUUCCGUUAUUCCAGGUCCAUCCAGCUCUAGCUUGGUGAGAAUUUUAGGAAGUGAAGAGGCCGCGCUAUGUCCUACUUCUAGCACAAGUGGUGGUUGUCCCCUUGCAAAUAGUAUUUUACAUGAUUCUCGUACGCCAAAUCCGCCAAUCUUAAAUUUACCGGUUACUCCUCCUCAAAUCAGCUACGAAACAGAAAACGUACCCAAAUCUACAGAAAACCCUGAUAAGAAUUCACCUGAUCUGGCGAUAUCUGAAGUAAUGCUUAAUACUGCCACAAUGCCUUCAACCACUGAGUCCGUUAAUUCCUCCACAAUCUUUACAUCUGAUAUAAUACCUGUAGCAUCUAUAUACAUCACGAGAUACUUCAGUUACUGUGUCAGCAAUUUCAUUCUCGCCUGAAAGUCUGAGGUCUUUGCCAAAGGCUUCACCAAGGAAAGGAUAUCAAACAAAUAGACGCAAAGUGAAAUCCGCUAUUAACCAACACUCCUGUAAAGGAUGAACUAGCUGCAAUCAAAGUAGCUAGAAUGGCUAAGAAUCAAGUGAAAAAACCUAACUUUGAAGAAACAAAUACAAGAAAAAGAUCAAAACCAGGCACUGAAACUAAAAAGAACAAGGUUGUCAGAAGCAAAGAGAAAACGAAGACAGCGAAGAAGAAGAAGAAUCCUCCUGCCUUUGUUGCCACAUUCAAAUAGCAGAGCUAAAGAAAAAUGGGUGCAAUGUCUGGAGUGCAAAAACUGGGCUCAUGAAGCCUGCACUGAUGGGGAACCUUCUUAUCUUUGCCACAAUUGUU